UCUGCUGAGCCUGCCUAGGCUGACAAUGAAUGGCUGCUGCUGCUGCUGCUGCUGCUAGUGCUGCUUGGAGGGCUGGGGGAGCAGAGCCCCUCCAUUGAGACCGAUCCUCCCUCCUUCCCUCCCUCUGCACAGUGCACCCAUCCAAGUGAGGAGGAGAAGGAGAGGAUGGCUCAGAUUCUCCAGAUGGAGAUCCCCAACUUCGGUAACAGCAUCCUGGAGUGCCUGAAUGAGCAGCGAUUGCAGGGCCUGUACUGCGAUGUCUCUGUUGUGGUGAAAGGCCAUGCUUUCAAGGCACAUCGGGCUGUGCUGGCUGCCAGCAGCUGCUACUUCCGGGACCUUUUCAACAACAGCAAGAGCACGGUAGUGGAGCUUCCAGGUGCCGUGCAACCUCAGUCCUUCCAGCAGAUCCUCAGCUUCUGCUACACUGGCCGCCUCAGCAUGAAUGUGGGUGACCAGUUCCUGCUCAUGUACACAGCAGGCUUCCUGCAGAUCCAGGAGAUUAUGGAAAAGGGGACUGAGUUCUUCCUGAAGGUCAGCUCGCCCAGCUGUGACUCCCAAGGCUUGCACACGGAGGAGACGCCUUCAUCUGAGCCGCAGAGCCCCGUGGCACAGACGUCCACCUGGCCCUCUGGCAAUACACCCCUGCCCCUGGUCUCUCGCGUAAAGACAGAGCAGCAGGACUCAGACUCUGUCCAGUGCACAUUUGUGGUUAAGAGGCUCUGGGAAAGCAGCCAGAAAGAAGGGGGAGGUGGUGGCGGCGGUGGUAGUAAUGGCAGCCGCAAAAUGGCCAAGAUCUCCUCCCAGCAGGAUUUGAGUGGUGGGGGGAACCGACAGGCCCAGCAGCAACAGCAACAACAGGCGCAACAAGCCCAGCAGCAGCAGCAGCAGCAGGCCCAACAGCAGCAGCAGCAGGGGGCCCUAACGGGAGGAGGUGGAGGGGCAGGUGUGGUCAGUGGCCCCAGCACUUCAGACCAGACUAGCCCUGGCACCUCCAGCGCCUACACCAGCGACAGCCCCAGCUCCUACCACAAUGAGGAAGAUGAAGAGGAGGACCCUCCUGAGGAGGGCUCUGAUGAGCAGUACCGGCAGAUCUGCAACAUGUACACUAUGUACAGCAUGAUGAAUGUAGGACAAACGGCAGAGAAAGUGGAAGCACUGCCAGACCAGGUGCAAUCGGAGUCUCGUAACCGGAUACGGGUGCGGCAGGACCUGGCUUCGCUGCCAGCUGAGCUUAUCAACCAGAUUGGGAAUCGGUGCCAUCCCAAGUUGUACGAUGAAGGUGAUCCAGCUGAGAAACUGGAACUUGUGAUUGGUACCAAUGUGUACAUUACUCGGGCACAGCUGAUGAAUUGUCAUGUAAGUGCUGGGACACGACACAAAGUGCUUCUCAGACGGCUAUUAGCAUCCUUCUUUGACCGGAAUACCCUUGCCAACAGUUGCGGCACUGGAAUCCGCUCCUCUACCAACGACCCUAGCAGGAAACCUCUAGACAGCCGGGUGCUGCAUGCCGUGAAGUUUUAUUGCCAGAACUUUGCCCCAAACUUCAAGGAAAGCGAGAUGAAUGCUAUUGCUGCUGACAUGUGCACAAACGCACGGCGUGUCGUCCGUAAGAGCUGGAUCCCCAAACUGAAACUACUGAUGGCUGAGGGCGAUACCUACACGACCUUCAUCAAUGACACUGGCAAAAUGGAGCCAGACAUCAUGGGGGUGGAGCACAGCUUUGAGACAGGCAGCCAUGAUGGUGAUGCAGGCACUUCUGCGGAGGGCCUCCAGUAAACAUGCCCAAGGUCUCUUCUUUUUUUCCCAAUCAAUGAUUUUUAUUUCCUAAGUUGAUUUUUGUAGAAUUGUUUUCCACCUUUUUUCAUUUCCUUUCUUUCAUUUUUUUCCGUUGUUGGUUUGUUUUUGUUUUGGCAGAGGAGAAAGAAAGCAUUUGUGCUGUCUCCUUUCAAAAACAAAUUUUCUUAAACAUGGGCCUUGCUUCCUUAAGCACCACAGGUAGUAUGAGCUCAUAGGGGAGGCUCUGCUGAUGUAUUGGCAGUUCUGGCUGGCAUUCUCACCCUCCUCUCCCCUCCCCCAAUCCCCACCUUCCUUCUAUUCUCAUGCUAUAAUUUUUUUUAGAAAUAUAUUUUAGUAGAUUUUUUAAAAGCAAACAAAUUUGCAAAAAAUAAAUAAAAAAGGCCAUGAUCCAGAGAA